UAUACAUAUUGCACGCAUACUGCUGCAACGUAUGUAGAAGUGUGUGCAUUUACACUGUCAUGACUGUAGACUGUCGUUGACCAUUCCCGCAACUAUCAACUGCUCACUUCAACUUCAAGAAAGAGAAUUCGUAUCCAACUUCAAAUAAAAGGAAACAGUUAGUGGGAAAUGCUCCUGUAGGCUGUACAAUUGGACUGUCACCGUGAACUCCAGCACUGGCACUUGGCAGCAGUGCAAGAAUCAUACACCUCGGCCUCCACCGUCCACGCACGAUAAGGACAAACGUUCAAUCAAGUGACUGUCUGGAUCGAGUAGUUUUGAAGAUUUCUAAGUUUAGUCACUAGACCCUACUGCUGGGGAGGUCAUCAACAUGACGACCACCCGGAGACAAAACCUGACCCAUGCGACCCAGGAGCGCAUGAUGGUACAAGCAAGACACCAGGAAGACACCAGAGAGGACCACCUGAAAAGACUUGCCAAUGAGAAAGUACUAGAAGCGAACAUGGCCAGUGAGGAGAGGGUGGAGAAUAAGAGACAUAUCAGGAGGGUCCAACAAGAGGAAAUGGAAAGAAACAUGUCAGAAUCUAUAUUAAAGGCUCAGCAAGACCGGAUUCAGAGGGAGCAACAGAUGGAGCAGGAGGAGCGUAUAACCAACAGGCUCCAGCAGCUCAAGCUGGAGACCCAACGCCAGGAGAAGGUUCGCCAACAGAUUAGGGAGAACAGCCUGGAGCUUAGGGAGCUAGAGGCUAAGCUAAGGGCAGGAUACAUGAACAGGGAGAGGGCAGCACAAAUUGCGGAGAAGGAGGCCAGCAAAUAUGAGAAGACGGCACGUGACGCCGAGAUCGCUCGUCUCAUGAUGGACGAGUCGGCCCGUGCUGAAUCUCAGGAACAGCGUAAGCUGGUGGAGCAGUACCAGGAGAGUGUGCACUACCAGCAGGAGCUGGAGAAACAGCUGGAGGAGAAGGAGAAGAGGAAACAGGAGGACUACGAGGAGUUCCUCAAGGAGAAGCUCAUGAUUGAUGAGAUUGUGAGGAAGAUCCAUGAAGAGGAUGAAAGAGAAAGGGAGAUCUACUAUGAGAAGCAACAUGCCACCAAGCGUUACAUCGAUGAGGAUGCAGUCGCCCGGCAAAAAUGGAAGGACUUGGAGAGACAGAAGAUGGAGCAAGAGAACAUGGAGAUCCUCAAGUUUGCCACACUCCAACAGCACAGGGAAGAGGAUAGAAUGGAGAACAAGCGGCAGCAGGAGGAGGCCAAGGCUUCGGUCCAGAAGAACUUGAGUGAUGACAUCGCCAGGAAGCGUGCCAUGGAAGAAGAGAUGGAGCGGGUGAGGGAGGAGCUCUACCACGAGGAGCAGGAGGAGACACAGCGCCAGAAGGAGAUGGCCGAGAUUGAGAGGCAGAUCAGGCAGAGACUGGAGCUCCAGAAGACCUAUCAGGAGCAGCUCAGACUCAAGAGAAUGCGCAGGCAGGCUGAGAUGGGCGAGGAAGAAGAGUUCAAGCGCCAGAUGCUGGCUAAGUUUGAGGAGGAUGAUCGCAUUGAGCAGAUGAAUGCCCAACGUCGUCGCAUGAAGCAGCAGGAACACAAGCGCCGUGUAGAAGACCUUCUCGCAGACCGUCGUGCCCAGUUUGCAGCAGACAAGGAGAGGGAGAGGGACGAGCGCGAGGAGGCUGAGAACCUGGAGAGGCUCCGUAUGCAGAUCAUCGAGGAGGAGAGACAGAGGCUCCUCAAGGAGCAUGCAUCCAAGCUCCUGGGUUUCCUGCCAAAGGGUGUUAUCAGAAACGAGCAAGACCUGGAACUGUUUGAUGAUGAUUUCAAGAGGAAUUACAGUGGCAGACAGAGAAACAUACAUAGUGCUGAAGGCUGGGAAUAAACAAUGCUGAUAAAUGUACUCUGAAUAGUACUAAAACAUGCACUAAUCAACUUAAGAACAGAACUUCUCUUGCAAAUGUAUGGAUGGACCAAUUUUUGUGUCACCUUGAAAUUGAUUAGUAUUGAUACAGGAAUUUUUUUUUGUAUUGGUAGUAGUUUUAGAAUGAGCUACAUUCAAUAAUUCAUAUACAAUUCAUAUACAUGUAUGUAUAGCACUCAAGAAAAAUAUAGAAAAUAUGAAAAAAGGGAUAUUCAGAUUUUUUUUUCAUGGGGAUGCUUAUUUAGGACAUACACGUACUAACAUCAAAAUUUGUACAGCACUUCAAUUCAUUAUGGGUAUCAAUAUAAGAAUGCGUACGCAGAAUUCCGGAUCAUCAUUUUUUAUAAUGCAUGGGUAAGGUUUCUCAUUUCUUGUUAAGGUUUAGCAAGACACAGAAGUAGUGUGUAGGGUUGAAUGAUAACAUUUGCAGAGCGUAUGCAAUAUUUGCUGGCCCAGGCCACAGAUUGUUUGGAAUAAAAGAUAGCAUAAAACGUUAUGUUAUUUAGUCAAACUUAUUGUUAUGCAUUAAUGAACUCAAUGUCAGAUAUGGUGGUGGGAAAGAGUCCUGGUUAUUAAAUCUAAUUGGAAAUAUGUGUCGGGUUGAACAUCAAAAACAUUGAUCUAGAAUAUAUUUAUUACUAUUUACUCUCUUGAAUACAACGAUGUAUUGUGCCUUUAAUCUGUUGAAAUUAUUCUACAAUAGAAUGGUCUAGAAUAAACCUACCGGUAUGUACAUAUUCCAUGGUAUUGAAAAAAGGGUGAUGUUUCGUUAAUGAUUCAUUGUAUGUGACUUGUCUGAGAAUAUAUGUAUGUAUCUUUGUAUUCAGAGUUUUUCAUUGUUUAUUUUGUGUUUUAUAUGGAAAGCCUGUGGAUAUAUAUUUUGGAUGAACCAUACUUACCAUUCAACAUUUGUUAUAUUAUUUUAUAUUACUGUAACAGAGGCAAAUAUUUGUUUCAAAUCGCUUGUUAAGAAAAAAACGUUCAUUAAUUUAAAAUUCUUUCAUUACAAGUGGGGGCAGUAAUACAAGCAUAACUUAUUCAAGUCAUAGAUUCAAUAAGUAAUCAAAGUCCAGAAAACCUCUUUUGUAGCAAGUGUACAUUGUAGAUCAUUUCAGCAACAAUAUAGCGUGCCUAUUAUACAGUGUAUUGUUUCUAAAGAUGAACAUGCUAAGAAAAUACAGCAGCUAACAUGGGCAUAUCAAAAAGUGUAGAAGGUGUAGAAAAUAGGAAAUCAUGUGUCCUCAAGACUUUGUCUGCUGUGAUAAUUAUCUGCAAAUUAAACCAACUUGUAAAAAUGUUUUGGCUAUUUUAGAGUACCGGUAAGAAUAUUCUAUGCUUAUAAUAAGCAUAGGUAUGAUUGGAAAAUAUAUGUAAAUAUUGCAGUAUAUACUUAUUGUCAAUUUAUGUUAAUAAAAAAAGAAGAUGAUAAAGUA